CAUGGAGAACACUCGAGGGGUUGCUUGAGCCGUUGCAGCCGCGCCUGAGAGGAACACGCCCACUUGAUCAUGCACGCUGCACUCGCGCUGCUGUCUGCCCUGGUGGGCGCUGCCCUGGCGGGUAACAUUGGUGCUGGCGGCGGAGGCUACUCGAGAGGCGGAUACGCCGGCGGAUCCCUUGGCGGCUACGGAGCUGCUGGCUAUGGUUCUUCUGCUGGCGGCUACGGCGUUGACAGCAUCGGCGGCCAUCACGCUGGUGGCUACGGCGGCGGUCUCGGAGGCGCCGGCCCUGCUGCGGGAGGCGCUGCAAAGACGGCUCACGGAUAUGGCUACUCCUCCGGUGGCUACAGCCUAGACGGUGUAGGCCACCAUGGUGGCUACUCUGGCGGGGGCUUCGCGCCCGUUGGAGGAUACGGCGGAGGUUCAAGCUACGGAAGGGCAGCAGGUGGAUACAGCGGCAGUACUGGUGGCUACGGUGGCGACGGCACCGGUAGCAGUUAUGGCGGAGCACCGGGUGGCCUUUCGGGAUACGCAAAGUCUAAGGCUAAUAAGCAUUCCGGAAGCCGGUACAGUGGCGCGUCGCUCUUCGGCGCUGCUGGACCGAGUGGUGGCAUUGGAGGCGUUAGGCUCACUGGUGCUGGACUAGGGGGCUACGGCAACGAAGGAGGAAUUACCGGUGCCGGACUCGUUGGAGUAGGAUACGCUGGCGGCGCUGGAGCUGGCAGAGGAGGAAGCACCGCUGCAGCUGUUCCUGGUGGAAUCGCGGGCAACGCGGUGACCAUACCGGCCAAGGUUAUUGUUCUGAAAGUCCCACUAUCCGACAGCGAGGGCGGGGGCUUCCCUCGUGGGACCUCAGCCGGCGGGUUUGUGCCUUCCGGCGGAGGAUACGGAGGAGCGCCAUCCAGCGGAGGGUACGGAGGAGGUUCAUCCGGCGGAGGAUACGGAGGAGGUUUGUCCGGUGGAGGAUACGGAGGAGGUUCGUCCGGCAGAGGAUACGCAGGAGGUUCUUCCGGCGGAGGAUACGGAGGAGGUUCGUCCGGCGGAGGAUACGGAGGCGGUUUGUCCGGCGGAGGAUACGGAGGAGGGCCCUCCGGAUACGGACCGUCGUCGGGCGGAUAUGCAAGCGUGGGCCCAGCUGUGUCCGCUGGUCUGGGCGGUAACCACCACGGAAGCUAUGGCACAGGUCUGUCGAACGGCGUGCACCACGGAGGUGGUGGACUCGGUGCUGGUGCAAAUCACCACAAUGCUGGAAGUGGUCUUGGAGGCAGCCUCGGUGGAGGAAAGGGCAGUUACGGAUCAUCAGGUUACAUCGGCAAGGGCGUAUUCGAUGGAGGACAUCACGGUGGGCUCAGUGUGAAGGAUGGCUAUGCAGGAGCUGGAGCAAACGGUGGUGGUCUCGCUGGAGGUUACGGUAGCAGCUACGGAGGUGGACCUUCCGAAGGCCACCGUGGCAGUUACACCGGUGGUUACGGUGGAGCGGGGGGCUAUCCGGGAUCUGGUACGCAUGGCUCUGGCGCCGGCAAAGCUGCCUUUGGAGGAGCGCAUCACGGUGGCGGCGGCCAAAGAGAAUCCAAGGGCGGCGGCGGCGGCUACGGUGCUUCAAAGGGUGGUUACUGGUGACUGCUUCAUUCAUUGGUAUCAUGCUUUAGCGCUCGACAUGCCUAGCUUCACCAGCGAAAGAACUCGCCACCGACUACAGCUUUCAUGCAACUGUUUGACUGUAGAGUAUCGAAACUGCUUUUCGAUGUGUUUUGUUGCGCGAAAGAUUGUGACGUGUGCCUCUAGGAGCUCGUGUGCCUCUCGUGAAAGAAUGUGAUCUUUUGAUGUUUCCUUCUUGUACAGUAAAUUUUACACACAGAAGAGAUACCUACUUUAUUUGAUUCUGUUAUCUGUUUGCUUUCAUGGUCACAUAACGAGUAUUAUCACUUCUAAGUGAUCAGCUAGCUAGCUGGGCAUCGUAGGUGUAUGUGCAAACGUACGAGUUGUGCGCAAGUGUCUGCAAGUGUGUGACUGCGUAAUUUAACUGCGAGUGAAUAAACACCCGAUGGCUACCUUUUCGUCUA